AUGAAAGCAACAGUUGUCACUAAUUUAUUCACUAAAACAGGUCAUUUAAAACCACCAGUUACAGUAGAACAUGGUGGUUACACACGGACGAUAUCUUUGGAAUACUCCGAGGUUCGCAAUAUUCCUGCAAUCGAUUUUAUGCUGCAAUGUGAUGGGAUUCAGGAUGGAAAAUAUGUGGCGAUGCGCAUCGAAUUUCUUAAUUUUACCAAAUCAACCCAUCAGACCUUCUAUUUUGUAUUUGAACCACAUAGAAAUCGAUUUUGCUACAGAAGGAUUUGCACAGGUGUCCGCCAUGUUAACUAUCAAAAAGGAAAAACGGUAGCCAGUUUUCCGAUAAACCGUUUCAUGUGUGCAACCUUUGAGGAUACAGUUUAUGAAGCACCAAGCCCCCAAUCGUGGAUAUUUCAUAAUUUGGUAACAUGGAAUGUUCUAAAUGAUGGACGAGUCGAGACAACACCAUGCAAGAUUUUAUAUGACAAGUUUCAAUAUGGACUUGUGUUAGAUAAAGCAUUCGACACUGAUACACUUGAUCAGGAAACUCCUUCCUACUGGCCACAUUCUUACGACGAGAUGAUUGAGUUUGUCGAGCCAAAUUGGCCGGACAUGAGCCACACUGCGAUCGAGUAUUUAUGGGGAGAAUCUACUGAAUAUAAUAAACAAACUUGUUUUGACAUGCUUGGAGCCUGCUAUCAUAAGUGGAGGUUCGAUGAUGGACGAAAGUCUCUGGCCUCAGUUAGUGUGACGUCGGACUCCAGCAACAAUUCAAUUGGUCGGAAUACUGAAGAAGCUUCCAUCUUCAAGAAGAGCUGUCGAGAUGAAAACUAUGAACAGCACAGAGACAAGGAUUCUGAGUGUCCAUCUCUCAGCAAGCACAAGCCACCAUUCUUGAGCUCAUUGGAGUUUCACACCGCUGGAAAGCACGGAAACGGGGUGCAUCGCAACCGAUCCGUCAAAAGCAUCAUUGAAGAAGCUGUUGCCAAGGAUGUCGAGGAGCUUAAUUGCUCAUUGGCUUGUAUGUACGUCUCAGGGCCAGUUGCAUCAGCUCUCUGCAAUGUGUUUGGCUGUCGUCAAUUCGCUACUAAAAUUACUAAAAUUUCUGUUAGAAGACGCACUGGGACCAUGAACCGCAAGGAAGCUGCCGAUAAUCUGAAGAAUCUUGAUAAAAACUUGAAGAAAUGUACUCCGCUGCAGUUCAUUUCGGAAUUGGACCGCUAUGCUGCCAAUGACGGGACUAUCCAGGACGUUCAAGAGGAUAGGGUUUUGAGAGACAUCGGGAGAGCUUUCGGACAGACAACACUACUCUCAUAA